CUGUGUACAGAGUCAGCAAACACUGCUAUCUCAAAAGCCUCUCCCCGACUGGCUCCUGUGCUGUCUGCAGCCACCAUGCCACCGCACUCUGCUCCAUCUCCUGCCACGUCUGCUGCUGUCGCUCUACCCUGUCCUGUUCCAGCCGCAGCUGGUGCGCUACCUACCCCAGCUCCGUCUACCAUCCCACCACCACUCCAUAGGAAGGACCAAGACGUCAGCCAGUGGAACUGCUCCCAAAACCAGAAGAUGUGGAUGAAAACGGAGAUGGAAUCUUUGGGACUUUGGCCAGGAUCUCGACCUGUACGACAUCUGAUGGGUAUGAUCUCCUUGUGGCGUCAUCCACCCCAACCAGAACUCAUAGAUCCAGUCUAUGAUAUGCCAUCUCCCAAGUACUUCCAGCUACAUCCAUUUUUCAUUUGGAAACCGGAGCAUGCAAUUAUGGAGAGAGUGAGGAACAAUUACAUUUUACCCUGCCUCUACGGCUGCUCCACUCCCCAUGUGGUUUCGGCAGGAGUUGGGCGACCCCGGGUCAUUAUUGGGACCAGCGGCCAGUACUACAUCUUGGCCUCUCGGCUGAACUGCAAAACAUGCAAGAGGUACUGGUUCGCUGACAAACCCCAGUGGAUGGAAAUGCUGCCACAACUCUUCUGCAACAUCCUGCCAGCAUUUCUCACCCACAAAAAAGCCAUCUGCAAAACGGUAAUGGAUGAGCUAUGUCGCACAGGGAGGUCGGCCACAGACAUGGCAAAUCAGCUGAAUGAGGCUCUGCACCUACGGUACGAGAGGGCACACCUUGCCUAUCUGUUGACUGUACAGAAUGUGCAGGAUGGUGACUCCGGCCUGUAUGGGCAGAAGACCAUCACAGGCACCAUGCGGAAGGACAACACCCCUGAUCCCUUUGGUACCUACGACUUGACCAAUGGCUGGUGUGGGGUAGCCAUCAGUCCCCGCUACCUAGUAGACUGCCUCGUACAUGAGUACCACCGUGGUGCUCUCAUCCGGAACCAUGUCCUCGUGAUGAAUGAGAACUGGAUGAUCCUGUCCUGGGUGAUGCUUCAGUCAGAGAGUGACCGGUCGCUGGAACCCAUGUACGAGGGGCUGUCUCAUCGCUACGACUCAGCUGGACUGCCGAAGGCAAAGUACCAGUGGGUGGACAGGGACUGCUGUGCUGAUUUCCGGAUCCCAAACCUUGACCCCCAGGAGCACCUCCACUGGGAUUUAUGGAAAACCACGGAAGCUGUGGUGACGGGGGCAACAUCUGGGAACCUGACCAACUCAUGUGCCUCCCGGGGAAAGUACAGCAGCGACAUCACUGUCAAACUGGACCUUUUCCAUUGCAUGCGGCGGUUCUCAAGGGAGUGCGUGUCAGAGCACCAUACACUCCACAGCACUUUCUGCCGGUUCCUCAGUGCUGCAUUCUGUGUGGUGGACCAGACUGACCUGCAGAGGCUGACGGAGGCAUACGCCUUCUGUGGGAUCAGGCCUGCCAAUCCCACAAAGCAGCAUAUCCGGGAACACUGCCGGACCAAGGUACCACAACCUACAGAGCUGCUGGAGAGAGUGGAGAGCGUCCUCAAACAGUUCUUCCUAGAGACAGAUCCCAAUGGUGUCUACCUCUUCAAGCCGUCCAUGCUAAAGCUGUGGAGACUCCAGAGGGUGCACAUCCUGAGAGGCUGCCUGAGUGAUCCAGAAGAGGAGGACGGGAUCCUUUACAGACACGGAGGAACAGUGCAGCUCAACCACGUCAAGGGUGAAGGAGCAGCUGUCCCAGUGUGGAUCCCUGUGAGAGGCACCUCCCAACAGGAGGGUUUCCAUGCGCAUCAGGCACGGUGGAUCACAGGCAACUGUGUUUCCUCCGAGCUCUUCCAGGCUCAAGGCAUGAUGGGCAUGGCACGGUGGAACUUUCAGAGAUUGGUGGAUCUGAAGUUACCGGACGUGAAGCUACCUGCAGUCUUUGACCCAGUGCUCAUCAUGCAGCUGAACGUGGCAUCGGAGAGGGUGACCGGCCAUGCCAAAUACCCUGCACUGCAGUUGAGCCACAGAGACACAGGGGAGAGAUUUGGCCUGCAGUAUGUGGAGCCAGGCUGUCGCCCUGUGCCUCUGGACUGGUUCAAGAACAGGUCCCAGGGGGCUGAUGAAGAGGGAGCUGAGGAAGAGGAGGCUGAACGGGUGGUCGCCGACCAGCCCUUCAUCACGCCAGAAGACAAUGUAAGUUGCAUUGAUAGCACUUUGUAA